CGGCGCCGACAACUGGUCAAACCAUGCGAUCGCCGCUACAACCCACGAAGUCGACCACAGCGACGCGACUGGCAGAAACGACCAUUGCCGCCUACAAGCAGCGUUGCCUGGCUCAGAUAGAGGCUGAGGAACAACGCCUGCUGGCAGUCGAGGCUGCCCGCAUACAAGCUGAAGAGGCAGCAGCAGCAGAGAAACUGCGGCUACAGGCCGAUGCAGAAGCAGAUGCCCAGGCUCGCCGAAAGGAAGCCCAGGAUCUGCUGCAGCGGCAUGAAGCCAACAGCAUCGACAGACUCAAGUACUGGCAUUUUCAACCAAACGGCGACGAUGCAACACCGGAAGAAAAGCACAAGGAGUUCCUCUCCAAACUCGUGACGCGGUUGUUGUAUGCUUGCAACUACCAAAGGUCAGAGUUGGAGAGACAGCACCGGGACUUGACGACGCUCCGCCGCACAGUGCAGAGCCACGAGGAUGCAACUCGGGCACUCAAUGCCCGAUUGUUGGAACUGGAACAGGCAGUACCAGGACCAGCUGUUGGAGYUUCCAGCAGUGCACCCUCAAGCCGCCAACUGGAGGACCGCGUUGACCACGUAGUGGCAAUGCUCGGCGACAUCAGCACCUUCGCUGCGCCGACCACCACCAUCAGCAGUCAGCUGCAUACAUUGAAGACCGAGGUCCAAAAGCAGCAGUCGACGAACGUGGACGACAAUCCGAAGAUGUACAAGAUGCCAACUUUCAACCUGGAGAGGUUCGACGACUACACGCAGCAGGAUCCCGUCCUCUGGUGGGAAGCAUUCACAACGCAAGUCAGGAUUCUGCCAGUAGCCAAGCAUGCGUACAUCGGCGCCCUGUUCCUGAACUCAAAGGGCGGAUGCCAGACCUGGUUAAGCCACCUGGCAACCUCCUACGGCGUCGACGUACCAGACUUGAAGGACGUAAUCACAUGGGAGGAACUAACACGGCUGUGGAAGAAGCGGUUCAUCGUCGACGACGCGCCGGCACUCGCCAUCAACCGUUUAUUCACCAUGUCACAGGGCAACACAGCAACACGGGACUGGCUCACGGAGUGGCAGAAGAUUGCGGCUGUGCCCAAUCUGAACCUACCAUUCGAGCAUCUACGCCGUGAGUUCUACAACAGGUCCUGUGCGGCAUUGAGCGAGGCUCUUGGUGAUCGCGAGCAGUACUCAACCUUCGCGGAGAUCAUUGACAAAGCGAGAGAGAUCAUCAAGACCAACAGGUCAGCUGCACACGAGAAAUCAACAUCAUGGCAACCGACCUAUGUGGAGAAGGUACGAACUGGUCCGCGACAGCAGCACUUCGCUGCAGUCCAGCAGGACAGUGGAGAUAACCCAGCAGCCACUCCAGUAUCAAGUGACGGAGAUCAGGUGGCCGCUGUCCAGCCGCGAAGCACCAACAAGUCUCGUAACAAUGGGAAGGCGAAACCCGCAUCGCAGGCCGGAAAUGAACAGCCAGGACAGUUUCCAUGGGUCAAGUUUGGCUUGACCGAGGAGGAGUACAAGAUCCGCGACCGCUACGGCAGCUGCUAUUGGUGCAACAACACCAAGCACAAGACCUCCAUGUGCGACCCCGCCUCAGCUCGGGAAACUGAGCUCCGCGGAAGGUGAGGCGACUCCACCUUCUACUCCGCCAGAUUCGGCCGCCUUGUUAGCGG